GAGCGUUUCCGGUUCCGGGGGUGAGAGAGCGGCGCGUGUGGCCCCGCGUGGUGCAGCGGAGGGAUGAGGCCAGGUUUCACCCCCCGGGGGGGGCGCGGCGGAUUCCGGGGGGGACGAGGCUCCCCGUUCCCGCCCAGGGGGGGCCCCUCCCGCGGGGGCGGUUUCGGCGCUCGGGGGCGGGGUGGCCCCACGCGUGGGGGGCGGGGCGGCCGAGGGGGGCGGGGCGGCGGCUUCAAGGGCGGCAAAAAGGUGACGGUGGAGCCGCAUCGGCACGAAGGGGUGUUCAUCUGCCGGGGGAAGGAGGACGCGCUGGUCACCCGCAACCUGGUCCCGGGGGAGUCAGUCUACGGGGAGAAGAGGAUCUCUGUGGAGGACGGUGACACCAAGGUGGAAUAUCGCGCCUGGAACCCGUUUCGUUCCAAACUGGCGGCCGCCAUCCUGGGUGGCAUCGACCAGAUCCACAUCCGCCCGGGGACGAAGGUCCUUUACCUUGGCGCCGCCUCGGGGACAACCGUGUCCCACGUCUCUGACAUCGUGGGACCGGAUGGGUUGGUUUAUGCCGUGGAGUUUUCUCACCGCUCGGGCCGUGACCUCAUCAAUGUGGCCAAGAAACGCACCAACGUCAUCCCUGUCAUCGAGGACGCCCGCCACCCCCACAAGUACCGGAUGCUCAUUGGCAUGGUGGACGUGAUCUUCGCGGAUGUGGCGCAGCCGGACCAGACGCGCAUCGUGGCGCUCAACGCCCACAACUUCCUGCGCAACGGCGGCCACUUCGUCAUCUCCAUCAAGGCGAACUGCAUUGACUCGACGGCGCCGGCAGAGGCCGUCUUCGCGGGGGAGGUGAAGAAGAUGACGGGGGAGCAGAUGAAGCCGCAGGAGCAGCUGACGCUGGAGCCCUACGAGAGGGACCACGCCGUGGUGGUGGGGGUCUACAGGCCCCCCCCCAAGCAGAAGUGACGCCUCUUCCUCAUCUUCAUCCUCCUCCUCCCCUCGGGGGGGGGUGGGGCUUCUGCUGCCCCACCCCCCUUUGGUUUUGGGGCAAAUUCUGGCGGUUUUGGGGUCUUU